AUGCAACUUACUACUAUUUGCUAUCUGGAUCGUGUACAUGAUGAGUGAGCUGUUGCCACUGUAAUCUUUUCGACAGAAUAUUUCCUUCUUUUUAAUUUAGGGAAGCGAGAGGCGCUGUCAUUGGUUACGAGAGUAUUUUGCCACAUGCCACAUUUUUACUGAACGCAAGUUUUUUUCUGAGCUACUUUUCCCUUUGGAUCGAAUCCUUGAUGUCUGCUGAUAGUAUGCUUUUUCUAUCUUAGGCAAACGUCUCUUGUCAGUACAUAAGAAAUACUGAAUUUCCUAUAUUUUCUUAGUCUUUUUUUCUGGUACACAUGAAUUGUUAGCUUUACCGUUCCCACGCACCCUAAGUUCUGAAAGAAAGAGGAAAUUUAGGGGGAUGAUUGUAAUGACGUUUAUAAUGGAAUUAUGUCACUCUUUCCAUCUUAUUGCAAAUGGAGACUCUAAAAGCUAGAGCGUGAUAAAGAAAAUAACUUUAAAGAUACGCACGAUAGCUCGCUCAUAUUUUUAUGGUUCAAUAUUUUAUUAUAUUCGAAUUUCCUUAGUAUGGCUUUUCACUAUUGUUAAUUAUUUUUUUGUUUAAUUAGAGGCAUCUGGAGACUCUUGGUUCUCAGAGGGCAGGUCUCGAAGACAUGCUCAAGGAGAUCAGGAGAAAGGUACUUCUGUUUAAACCGAUGGUCGUAUCAUACCUCAUUCUUUUAAUCUGUUCAAUCCACAGAUUUGUAUAUUUUACAUCUUUUCCUGAAUUGCUUCCUUCCUUUCUCCAAAAAAUGAAGCAGAGAAAAUGA